UUCAGCUAUGGGCGUUCUACACGAUAGACAAUGAAAAAGUUAGGUGAGUUGUUUGCUCCACUGGCCGCGAGCGCCAGCACUUGUCAAGUUGCCUCGUCCGAAUAACUCGACAGCCACUCGCGGCUCUCGCGCAUGCUGAACGUACCUAACCUGCUCUCGUAGCGAUAUAGCUCGGCUAACAAGCUCAAUAGCUCAAUGGCCGUCCAUCGCUGAGCUACCUCUAUAUCAUCCGAGUCUCGCUCUUAAACAUAUCUUUUGCAUCAGUAUUAAUAAAAAACAUCGACAUUGUUGCUCGAGUCAAAUUCUUACAUUAGAUGCACACAUAUUUGGGAAAAAUAUUCCAUAGAGGAUUGACAGACGAGCGGAUUAAAAAUAAUUUUUAAUGAUAAAAAGCAUAAAUGAAUGAAAGCCUUGCAACGUAAUAGUAACAUGGCUGUUCGCGUGUCGCUGGAAUCAUAACUUCUCUGAUUAUUUUUCGACUUCAAGUAGCUCAAGUCACAUUGAGUAUUUGCAUUUGGAGCUAGAGCAUCGGUUUUCAUUGAAGUUAGGUUUAGAAUCAGCGACGGCCGGAAUCUUGAUUCCUGUGCCCUGCGAUGUCCGCAGCAUAUUGAACAAAAAGAAAUUAGAGCUCAUUGAUACGCCGUAUAUAGAAGCAGUCAACCAAGGUCAAUUUUUCAAGAAAUCAACAACUCAACGAAAAAACCGACGUGCCUCCAGCGUGUCAACAUUUUCGAUGCGGACUUUGACGUUGAGAAGAUCUCGUUAUCAGUACCGCCUCCAUCCUUACCUCUCGUCCAAGGUGGUGAUAUGACAAGUGGUGCACAGAACCCUGAAGGCGUAACAGAAAAGAGCACCAUUAACAGCAACGGUCAGUGGAGCAGAAACGUUAGCAUCACGCACCCAAGGCGCGUGAGCUUAACGAAGGAUUCUGCGAGUACCAGCGGCAGUAUUCCGCGAAUAUACAACGCUCUCACGGCCGCGGCAGUAGCUGCAGCAGCCGCGGCCACGGGGCUCAAUUCAGAAAAUAGCAGUGGAGGCGGUGGUGGUCUUGGUGGCUCACUGAACAAACGUCAUCGUAAGCACGAAAAAUUUCGCCGAAGUUCAGGGAAAAAAAAGAAGAAACGUUCGCGAGCGGAUGACAAGCCGAAACCUUUGGUUGAGUACUCAGACGUUAGUAGCGAAGAUCUGUCCGAGCCUGAGGCCGGAGAGAUACAAUCGGAGGAUAGUCGCGGCGGCAACAGUUACACUGACGGUGAAGCCCCUGAUCCUCUUUUGCAGCACACUCGGUAUUACGAGACAGGACCAGGUCAUGCUGCUUCGUCGCUUCGAGAUGCUUCGCCAAUAAGUUUGACCCCAACGCCGCCGUCGGGGCAUCAUUCAAAAAAAUUGCACAAUUACUCGUCCAGUGUUGAAGUAACCGACGACAUGGUUGAGCACUUUGGUGAAGUUGCGGGUAGUCGUAGGAGAAAGGAAAAAAAACACAAGCGUGACAAAAAAAAGGUCAAAGGCAGUCCUGGCUCAGCGGUGGGUAAGAAGAAAAAAAGAAAAUCAAAAAAGUCUUCAAGAAGCCUUAGUCCGAGCGCAAUGCCCGAAAUGCUGAUACAUUCUCGGGCUCUAGUCGAACUACGUAUGAGGCAGUCCGAAGCUACUUCGCCAAUAAUGGCUCUCAAAGAUAGUACUUCUCCAAUUUCGCCAGCUACACCACCAGACCAACGCCAUCAUGGUAGAUCACCGAGUGAUAUGGAUUUGGAAUCACCGCCACCACCAGCUCGACACUUGACUCCUCCACACCGUCUUGCUGAAUCCCCCCACACUCCAUUGCAACCACCAAGAGCUCACACGCCGGAUGGUCACCAUCAUCAUUCGGGUAAAUCAAAGCAUCAUAGUCCAGAUUCGAGGUAUAAGCACACUAGCCCAAAUCAUAGAAGCAGGAGACCACAUAGUCCAAGCCCUCCUAACAGGGGAAGAAGAGAACAUAGUCCGACAAGGCGAAGAGAUUAUAGUCCUUCGACUCAUCAAUCAAGUUCUGUUCACCGAAUGAGCUCCAGACACAGUCAGAGUCCUUCGCGAUCAAGACGAGAUUAUAGUCACAGUCCACAUCGAAAGAGGGUUGAAGAUUUGAUGCCUAGAUCUCCUCCGAGUAAAAGACGCCGAAGAGAUGACUCGUCACGAAGAGUUAAAGAAAAAGACAGAAGAGACAAAAGAACUUCAAGGCUCGUAUCUCGAUCGCGAUCACGUAGCCCACAUCGACGGCGUAAAUCGUCAAGAUCUCGUUCGCGUUCCCGUCGACGCAGUCGCUCUCCAAAGAAAUCACCAAAAUCACACAAAAUUAUUCGUAAACACCGCUCAAAGAGUCCGAGGCCAUCACGUAUUCCUUCACCUGUACAUCGUUCAACUCGGCGCUCUCCUAAUAGCAUUUUAGAACGCAAACUUAAAGUUGCAGCAAAAAUCAGCGAAACGAGUUUGUUCGCCGAGUUGGUUAAAGAUCGAAAUAUGCGCGAAUUAGCUUUGAAAAAGUUCCAAGCUGCCAAAGAAAAGGCUAAUCAAGACGAAGUGCAAAUUAUUGAUGGUUCUGAUGAAAAAGAAAAUAGCAAUUCUUCAACGACAACUGAUAAAGGGGGAGACAAGUCAAGCACAUCUGGUACGACUCCUUGUACAAACGUUGAUUUGACCCUCGACGUUACUGAUAUUCCUGUGCCUGCAAUGGGAACACCAAUGACUGAACCGCCGAUGCAGAACCAAAUAUUGUUACAAAUACCUAUACCAGGGGUACCUACCUCAUCUGUGGCUCCAAAUUUGUUAGCCAAUACAUUAAAUUAUUCUGCUAACAUCGUUUCAACCACAGCUACAACUGUAUCUGGAAAUACAAGUCUCACUUCUACAGGAGUAACAACUUUACAAUCUUUAGAAGAAAGAACAGGAUCAGCAACAAGUACACCACCUUUGCCUUCAACAGGACCGGCUGCAUUAGCAUUACAGCAACAAAAGAAUGAUUCUUUGAUUACUGCUACUGUACUUAAUCAAGGAGUAAAUGUCUACGGUUCUCCAACAGCUUUGGGUAUUGAUAUUGCUGGCAACUCGUCUGCGAUAUUAGUUUCAGCUGUAUCUCAAUCGCUGGUGCCACCUAUGCCACAGCAAGAACAGUUGGAACAGUUACAACAAAAAUUGCAACAGCAGUUGGCAAUUCCUAAUCAGUCCCAAGAAUCAGCUUAUACUCCUCCAUCCUCGCAAAUUUCUCCCCCAAUUCCAUCACAAAUUACCCAUGUAAAUUCAUCAACUGAGCCUUUAAAAACUGAUCGACUAUCACCAACAGAUUUAAAAACAGCGUCUGCGAAUAUUCGUGAACCAUCACCAAUGGAUUUAGAAGUUAAACAUAAUAUACCAGUAAACUCGCCCCGAAAUGAAUCACCUCAAAAGAACUCAGUUACAUCGAAAUUUGAAACACAGCAACAACGCGCUUCACCUUCAGAAAAUUUGGUACCAAUCCAGCAGGCUCAAGUACAACAGCUGACAUCACCUUCGCGAGCCCAGUAUUUACCGCAAUCCCAGCUGUCCUCUAAUAUAUCAUCAAAACCUCAAGCUCUACCAACAUCUCUUCCACCGCAAUUUGUACAUUCACCUAUUAGUCAACAAUCUGGUCACACGAACCAGCCUGUACACUCACUCGUUUCUCAGCAACCGAUUCAACAUCAACAACUGAAUUAUUCAUGUAAACAGUCACCGCAAGUUCAACAUCCUUCACGUGUUACUCAUCAUCCGCAAGUGCCUGUACACGUACCUCCUACAACAGCUAUAUCAGCACCUCCACAAUCCAAUUUCCCCUCUAAUUUUUCCCAAAACAUACCCCAGGUUGCUGGCUCUUCAUCUACUCCAUCUUUUGCACUCUCGACAGCAAUUGCAAAAUAUAGUACACCCAACAAUCUUGUUACCGUACCAAUCAAGUCAGAUGCACCCAAACCUCAAAUGGUUUUCAAAACAAAAAGCCUUUCAAAGUUGCCUUUACCACCAGGAAUUAAUCAGAAUGAUCUUGAGAGUAUUGAUUCUCCUCCAAGUCGCUCACCUAGCCCAACAUCUUCAACACCAGUGUUGAAACCUAAAACUCCAAAAAUAGCUCCACUUACACCAAAACCACACUUACCCUCUCACAAACCAACUUUAGUAACUCCUAAACCUGCGGUUGGUGUAAAAGCCAGAAAAAGCAUUAAAGAUUUACCUAUGCCACCUGGUCCAGCUACUGUUAGUCCAGAAUCAGGUGAAGAUGAUGUUUCAACGCCACCUCUUAGUAGACCAGAACGUUCUGUACCAAAACCAAAAUUAAAACGACCAAAGAUUUUGAAACGUCGUAGUUCUCGAAGCAGUCAAGUAACUUCUAUAUCUGGUAAUAAAGAUUGGGGUGAACGUUGCGUUGAUGUUUUUGAAGUUAUUGAUCAAAUUGGUGAGGGUACUUAUGGUCAAGUAUAUAAAGCUCAAGACAAAAGAGCUGGAGUUAUCGUUGCUCUCAAAAAAGUACGGCUUGAAAAUGAAAAAGAUGGGUUUCCUAUUACUGCUGUUAGAGAAAUUAAAAUAUUAAGACAGCUGAAUCAUAAGAAUAUUGUCAAUCUCCGAGAAAUUGUUACUGAUAAACAAGAUGCUCUUGAUUUUCGAAAGGACAAAGGUUCUUUUUACCUAGUAUUUGAAUAUAUGGAUCACGAUUUGAUGGGUCUUCUUGAAUCAGGAAUGGUUGAUUUUAAUGAAAUGAAUAACUCUAGCAUUAUGAAGCAAUUAUUAGAUGGCCUUAAUUAUUGUCACAGUAAGAAUUUUUUGCAUCGUGACAUCAAAUGUUCAAAUAUUCUUAUGAAUAACAAGGGUGAAGUCAAAUUAGCUGAUUUUGGUUUAGCUAGACUUUAUAACGCUGAAGAUAGACAGCGUCCAUACACUAAUAAAGUUAUUACUUUGUGGUAUAGACCACCAGAACUUUUAUUAGGGGAAGAACGAUAUGGACCAGCUAUUGAUGUUUGGAGCUGUGGAUGCAUAUUAGGAGAAUUAUUUCUUAAAAAACCACUGUUUCAGGCUAAUGUAGAAAUGAUGCAGUUAGAUAUUAUUUCUAAAGUAUGUGGCACUCCUGUACCAGCAGUAUGGCCGUCUGUGAUAAAAUUACCUUUGUGGCAUACUUUAAAACCAAAAAAAAUUUAUAGGAGAAGACUCAGGGACGAGUUUUCGUUUAUGCCAUCUACAGCUUUAGAUCUUUUGGACAGAAUGUUAGAACUUGACCCAGAAAAACGCAUUACGGCUGCUGAUGCUUUAAAAAGUCCAUGGCUUAAAAACGUACAACCAGAAUUAAUGCCUUUACCAAAAUUACCUACAAAUCAAGAUUGCCAUGAACUAUGGAGUAAGAAAAGAAGACGCCAAUUGCGAGAACAACAAGAAAGUUCACAAGGUAGAAUGCCUCUGAUGUCAGUACCAAAUAGAGGUGGCAUGCUAAAAGCCAUUGAGGACCUGACUGAUAUUGGGGGAUCAUCAAAAAGACUAAAAAUGGAAGCAGGCUAUAAUUCUUUGCGAUACAUUUCGGAAUCUCAAGUAGUUGGUGAAAGUAUGUUAGGUCAAGCUGGUCAAUAUGCAACUUCUCCAUAUUCUUACAACAGUCCUCCACCUGUGAAAACUAGAAGCAAUCCUAGGGAUGGCAGUCAUUUUCCUGAGUUUACAAAUGAAGAUAGCUUAGCCCGUAAUUUAAGCAUCUUGGCAAGUUCUUUAAACCAAGGAAAACCUAUAAGUGUGGAAGACCUUAUGUCUCUUAAAAUUGAUAAUGAGACUGAUCCAAAAGCUGCGCAACUACUUGCUGAAUUGCAAACAGAAUUACGUCUAAUUGCAAGCUCAAGACAAACUGGAUUGCUCAACCCUCAUCAACCAAUUUUGAAUCCACCAUCAAUGGCCUCCAAUGUUGGUCAAAAAAAUAGUUUUGAUGCUCAUGCAGUCUAUGCAGGUGAUGAUGCAGUAAGUUCAGGAAGGUGGUCACAAUUUGCUACCGCUGGUGUAAGAAGUGCUUUGUCUGCAUUGAUGUCUCGCUAUGGUUUAGAGCAACAUACUUUACCAAUUACAACAAAUAAGCCAACAGGUAAACUGAUUACUAGUUUACCAAAUAAUGCUUUCUUACCUUCUACAUCCUCGCAAUCUGUGUUUACAUCUUAAUUGUCAGGUUAUUGUACAUGAGUCCAUUUAUAAUUACUGAUGAUAUGUAUUUUGAUGUACAUGAUUGUAAAACAAAUUACCCACAAUGUUAAGAUUUUUAUGGGAGUUAUGAUUUUGGAUUCAAAAUAGUGUAAGCACAUGUACAUAAAUAUAAGAUUCAUUAGUUUGUAAAAUAUUUUCACUUGUAU